CGGGCCCUCUCCCACACUGAGCCUAGCCCGGUGGGUAAGUGGAUUGCAUUCCCGAGCUUAGGGUAGAGAGCAGGUGGCACAACAUGGAGCGGGCGCCAGCGUUCCUGAGCGCGGCCGAGGUGCAGGAGCACCUCCGCAGCUCCAGCCUCCUCAUCCCGCCUCUGGAAGCGGCACUGGCCAACUUCUCCAGCGGCCCCGACGGAGGGGUGAUGCAGCCGGUGCGCACCGUGGUGCCAGUGGCCAAACACAGGGGCUUCCUGGGGGUCAUGCCAGCCUACAGCGCAGCAGAGGAUGCUCUGACCACUAAGCUGGUCACCUUCUACGAGGGACACAGCACCACUUCCACAGUCCCCUCCCAUCAGGCUACGGUGCUACUCUUUGAACCAAGCAAUGGAUCCCUGCUUGCGGUCAUGGAUGGAAAUGUCAUAACUGCGAAGAGAACAGCUGCUGUGUCUGCCAUUGCCACCAAGUUCUUGAAGCCCCCUAGCAGUGAAGUGCUGUGCAUCCUCGGGGCUGGAGUCCAGGCCUACAGCCAUUAUGAGAUCUUCAUGGAGCAGUUCUCCUUUAAGGAGGUGAGGAUAUGGAACCGCACUAAAGAAAAUGCAGAGAAGUUUGUAGACACAGUGCAAGGGGAGGUACGGCUCUGCUCCUCGGUCCAGGAGGCUGUGACAGGUGCUGAUGUGAUCAUCACUGUCACCAUGGCAACAGAGCCCAUUUUGUUUGGCAAAUGGGUGAAGCCAGGAGCCCACAUCAAUGCCAUCGGCGCCAGCAGGCCUGACUGGAGAGAACUGGACGAUGAGCUCAUGAAGCAGGCAGUGCUGUAUGUGGAUUCCCAGGAGGCUGCCCUGAAGGAGUCCGGCGAUGUCCUCUUGUCUGGGGCUGAGAUCUUCGCUGAGCUAGGAGAAGUGGUGAAGGGAGUAAAACCAGCCCACUGUGAGAAGACCACGGUGUUCAAGUCAUUGGGAAUGGCAGUGGAAGACAUGGUUGCAGCCAAACUAGUGUAUGACUCCUGGUCAUCUGCUAAGUAAAGCAAAGAACUCUGU